AUGGCUUCCCCUCUCUCGGGGGACUCCAGCCCCGUAGGUCUGCCCCCUGCUCCUGUAGCCCCUCCAGGUGAGUCCCGCGGUCCUGCCGCGCCCCCGGAGCCCCCAUUCCCGGACAUCUACGGCGGGGAUGCGCAGCUCUGGGCGGCCCACUUCCGCGGCAUCGGGCGCGCCUACCGCGCGCUGGGCAAGGAGGAUGACUUCGCCAUCCGCGUGCUCACCGAGGACUUCACGCUGCCCUUCCCGUUCGCCUGGCCACCGGGGCCCGACCCGGCCCAUGGGCCGCUCUUCUAUGACCCGCACGACCGCGCGGGCUUCAACUUCCUGCUGCGUGGCCCGGGUGCGCCGCCCCCCGCGCUGCUGCGGCCCCUGCACGCCACGGCCCAGGCUGCGCUGCGCAAGCGGCGCCUGGAGCGCCUGGCCCUGAGCUACGCCAGCGCGGGUGCGCCUGGCCCGGCCUGCUGCUGCUGGCACCUGCGCCCGGCCCUGCCGCCUUCCCGGGGCCCGAGGCUGCCCCUGCCGGGGCCCCCGGGCUGGGCUAGCCGCAACCGCGCCGCCAAUAAAGUAUUGCUCUGCUCCGCUCGUCCAGGCUCUUCGAUGGGCAUUCCCGGGCAGGCGGGACGGGGGGGCUGA